GUAAAGCAGAGCGGGUUGUUGACGGCCGCCUCAGGAAAAGCAGGAAUGGAGGUUGGGCGACAGCCAGUGAAAGAAGGGAUGAACAGAAGAGGGAGAUAAUGCAGAUAACUGGGACAAGGGCUGCCUGAUCCCAUUAAAAAUCUGGCUCCAUCUGGCCUGGGGCUCUAACUUUGUUUUCUACCGCUUGAGAGCAGAGUAAAGAGAAAUGAGCAGGAGCAGGAAGCCACCGGGAGGCAAAGGCCUUGGCACACCUCGCCAGAUGGGUUUACUGAUGGAUUUGUCUCCUGAAAGCAUGAUGGCUGACGACGCAGACCUGGAGGCCGAAUUCCUGGCGAUUGUUGGAGGCCAGCCGGAUCCCAAGCAGAAAUCAAAUGGGAAAACUCCUUUGCCAAUGGAGGCCAUUGAGAGAAUGGCUGCUCUCUGUAUGAAGGAUCUUGAUGAAGAGGAUGGAGGAGGAGAAGAUGAUCUGGAAGAUGAUGAUGAGCUGCUGGCAGAACUCAAUGAAGUACUUGAAGAAGAAGGCGAAUCCAAGGAAGCUGUGACUCCUGCCUCUGCUCAGACGAAUGAUGCUCCGGCUGAUUCCAGUGGGACUGAAUCUCUUUUGCUGGAGAGACUGAAUAUGUACAAGGCAGCGGUGGCGCAUGCAAAGCAAGCUGGGGAGAGCUCCAAGGUGCGCCGGUAUGAAAGGGGCCUCAAGACCCUGGAAAACCUGUUGAUCUCUGCGCGGAAGGGCAAAAGGAUUGACGAGGAUGAGAUUCCUCCCCCGGUAGCCACAGGAAAAAGUGCCCUCUCCCAGCAGGCUUCUCCCUUGGAGCCGGUUCCCUUGUCACAAGCCUCCACACCUGAUGAAAGCACUCCCUUAUCCAGCCACCAUCCUCCAGACUCCGUUCCAGCAGAUGCUGAGCAGUUGUCCCCGAAAGCAUCGCCUGAGUCCGAUCAGCCCCCCAAGGUGUCACCGCCGGUACUUCCAAAGCCAAAGAUUUCUCCAGCCCCUGCUGUGCCUCUUAGAUCCCCAGAGACGCCCCAACAAAGAUCCACCCCUUUGGCACCCUCUCCUACUCCGGGUUCCGAAGCCUCUCCUACCCAGGCGCUCCUGCAGGGCAGACAGCGGGAGUACAAGCUGGCGGCCUUGCGUGCGAAACAGGAAGGCAGCAUAGAAAUGGCCGCCAAGUAUUUCCGCGUAGCCAAGAGCUUUGACCCUCUUUUGGAAUCCCUGAGUAAAGGAGAGACAGUGGAUCUCAGCCGGCUGCCUCCCCCUCCAGACCAGCUACCCAAAGAAAUGUUGACCUUGAGCAUGCAGCCGUGCCCAGUAGCAACAGCAACACCCGUCAUGCAGGCUGCGGCCCCAUUGGCGCCAGGACUCUCAGGCGCAGGAGAUAUGCCUCCACCCCCUCGAGACGUGAUGGAAGCGCUGCAGCAGAGGAUGGAGAGGUACAAGACCGCGGCAGCCCAAGCCAAAGGGAAAGGGGAUGACAGGAAAGCCAGGAUGCACGAACGGAUUGUGAAGCAAUACCAAGAAGCCAUCAGAGCUCACAAGGCAGGAAAACCUGUAGAGUUUGCCGACCUACCUGUUCCCCCAGGUUUCCCUCCAAUCCAAGGGAUGGAAGCUUCGUCAGGAGACCAGAGCUUCGUGGGAAUCCUUGAAACAGCCAUGAAACUAGCCAGCGAGGAGGACGAAGAUCCUGAAGAGCCUAAAAAGCCUGACAGCCGCCCUCCGUCAUCCAAACCAGCCAGCCCACCGCAGCCUCAACAGCCCCCCCAGCCGGGCUCACGAGCUGUGCCUGCAGCUCCAAAGGCAGCUGGGCCUGCGAAAACGGCCUCCAAGACCGUCGCGAAAGCUCAGCAGCAGCUGGCCUUCCUGGAGAGCCGCAAGAAGCAGCUGACGCAGGCAGCUCUCCGAGCGAAGCAGCAGAAUGACAUCGAGGGCGCCAAGCUGUUCCUCCGCCAGGCCAAGGGCUUGGGCCCCAUGAUCGAGGCGUCGCAGAACGGGCUCCCGGUCGAUAUAACCAAGGUGCCUCAAGCCCCCAUGAACAAGGAAGAUUUUGCGCUGCGCCGCGGAGUCAGCAUCUCUCCGGAGACGGCUGCCCAGUACACGGAGCUCGUCAAACUGAUGAGGCAGCAGUAUGAGAUGUGCACGAAUUAUUCCACACAGUUCACCCAUUUAGGGAACAUCGCAGAAACAACCAAGUUUGAGAAGAUGGCCGAGGACUGCAAAAAGAACAUGGAGAUCCUGAAGCAAGCCCACGCCAAGGGAUUCCCUCUGCCCAGAUAUCACUACGAGCAGCGGACUUUCAGCGUGGUCAAGAUCUUUCCAGAACUGAACAGUAAUGAUAUGGUUCUCUCCAUAGUGAAAGCCGUCAACCUGCCAGCUCCUCCCGGCACGGCUCCUGAUGAUCUCGAUGCUUUUGUGCGCUUUGAGUUCUCGUACCCCAGCGUGGAGGAAGCUCAGAAAGACAAGACCAACGUGAUCAAAAAUUCCAACUCUCCCGAAUUCCAAGAGCAGUUCAAGCUGUUUAUCAACCGGGGGCAUCGUGGCCUCAAGAGAGCCAUUCAGACGAAAGGGAUCAAGUUUGAAGUUGUCCAUAAAGGAGGGCUCUUCAAGAUGGACCGUGUGUUGGGAACAGCACAGUUGAAGCUGGAGGCGCUAGAGACAGCCUGUGAGCUUCGGGAGAUUCUGGAGCUCCUGGAUGGUCGGCGGCCCACAGGAGGCAAGCUGGAGGUCAUCGUCCGCCUCAGAGAACCGCUGAGUUCCCAGCAGCUGGAGAUGACGACCGAAAGGUGGCUGGUCAUCGAUCCCCUGACAAUGCCACCCGUGGCGCUACCCAAACCCACGCCAACAGCGACUCCGACAAAGGACCCGGGCAGCAGCAAACCUGUCUACAUUCCGCACAGCCUCAGUGUCCUAGUCUUUGACAAGGAGAAGCUGGAGAAAAAGAUGAUGGCGUACAAGCAAGCCGGCCAGCGGCUUCCUAGCGAGCUGGUGAAGCAGCACCAGGAGAUUACCCGGAUGAUCCAAUCGCAGAAGACCCAGCUUCAGCACGGAGGCCCUGCGGUGAGGAAAGAGUACCUGGUGCAGCUGGAACGGUACCUGCAGCUCUACACGGAGGCAGCGCGGCGUCUUGGCAUCGAAGGCAAACGGGAGGCGGCCAAGGAUGCUCUUUACAAACGGAAUCUGGUGGAGCGGGAGCUGCAGAAGUUCCACCAAUGAAAGAAGCGUUGAAGAUGUGAAAGCCCGAG